CAUGAAUCCAUGAGGGAACGUCGAUGUCUUUCAUUCGCUCAUAGACAGCGAGAAGCAUGCUUCGUGAGCCUCUCUCACCCCCUCUCUGACGCGCUCUCUCACCCCAGUGAGGAGACCACCUCCAUCGCACCCCCAAUCCCCAGCACGGCGUGAUCCCUUCGGUGCGAGCCUCAUCCAAGAUCCCGAUGGCAUCCAACAUGGACGGGGCAGCGCCACUCGAGGCCGACAUCAAGGCCGCAGCGGGCAACAACAAGCGAGCACGAGCCGAGGGCGACGGUGCCGAGCCAGCCAAGAAGGCAAAAGGAGAGCCACCAGCGGCAGCAGCUGCCUCUGCUGGCAACAGUGCUGCUGCAGCAUCGGCGCCGCAGCCAUCUCAGCUUAAGCGUGACGACUUCGAGCGGCUGAUGUAUGGCGACAACAACGGCAACAAUGGCGGCGAGUCGAUGGUGAAGACCAAGGGUGCGGACGAGGCGAAUGUCAACGGGAGUGUGGCCGAGAGGGAUCUGGAGAGCCGCGCCGACAUGGAUGUCGACGAGAUGGAGGAGGGAGACGACGAGGGGCGGGGCAUCCGGCGGCGGGAGGUCAAGGCAGUCGACCAGAGGGCCGGCAAGAAGCCUACCAGGGGCGCCAAGGACGCCACCACACCCGCCGAAAUUCCGCCCUACUACCCUGACGAGGCGGAGGAGUGCGUUCAGACCUUCCUAUACAAACCAAGUGAGCACCAACACAAACCGACGAAAGGCAGGCCACCAAUCCAUCACGGCAUGUCUGUCUGUCUGUCUGUCUUGCUCUGUCUGUGUGUGUCAGAUGUGCCUUUGCCGGAUCUGAAUCCCUACAUGGGUCAGAUCAUCGAGGUGCGCGUGCCGGUGGACCACCUCUCCCUCAACAACCCCGCAUACCAGAACCGCCAGCUGUGGGGAUGCGAUUACUACACGUCCGACAGCGACAUCGUCUGCAUGCUGCACCACGCCGGCUUCAAGCGACUGCAGGCUGACCCCUCCAAGGAAAAGAUCGCCGGUUAGACAGAGGAGGGAGUCGGGGAGAGGGAAGACCGCCUCUCACAUGUAUGUUCCUCUAUAUUUGUGUGUCUGUUCAGGUGUGUCGGUGUAUCUGAAGGUGACCAAGGGACGCACGACGUACUCGCAGGCCACCCGCAACGGCCUCAGAUCACGCAAGUGGCCAUCAGAACACUGUAGGCCGACAGCCGACACACCGAGAAAAGACACGCAGAGCGAGGGGCAGAUGCAUCCGUGUGUGUCUGUGGUGCAGCUCACACGUUGCGUAUUGUUCGCGUUGACGAUUUGUUGGACCAGCUGGGCACUGAGGAGGAAAUCGAAAUGAUGACACUCAGGUACACACCAGACCCACCCUCCGCCCUCUCUUUGCCGCCUCCCCUCACUGUGGUGUCUGUGGGUGUCUGCAGGCUUCCAUCUGCGUGCAAGUCGCGCAAGCCGAGGGUGCGCAGUUCGAAUGUGCGGUAUUUAUCGGACAUCGUCAUCGCAUUCAACCUCUGCAAUGAGCCCUGCAGCAAGGUGGGUGCGUCAGACAGACAGACAGACAGACAGGGCAGGGCUGGCAGGCAGGCCACAGGAGGGGGAGGGAUAGGCGUGAUGCAUUAACCCUCCAUCGAGGUUCUGAAAUAUCGUGUGGAAAAACCCAUCACCAUCUUUCGACUGACCAUCCACCCAUCCGCCGAGGGACAUGUGUGCCGUGCCUGUGCUGACCGUUCCAACAUGGAUGCAUUCAUUAAAUUCUCUCGUCUGCCUGUGUCUGUGUGUGUCUGUCAGUAUUCGUUGAGUGAGGUGUGCGACCGCGGGCUGGAGGUGUCGCAGUGGACGACCUACAGACUCACCAAAGAGGUACACAUGGACACACACACAACACACAGCCACUCUCCCUGUCCCUCACACCCAUCUCCACAUACAAGUAUGGUGUGUCUUUCCUCUCAUCCAUCCUCCCAUCCAUCAGGUGAUGUAUUUGGAGACCGAGACGGAGCGCUAUGAGUUGUGUCAGGAGGGGCCGAAGAGCGCCCCACUUCCAGAGGACUUCGACGCACAGGCGGCAGCCGGAGGGCAUCCUGGCGUGCCGGUCAAGAUGGAGCCCAAGGAGGAGAACAAGCCGCCCCCCCACGUGUCGGCCAUCAAGUUCAAGACUUACCGGUGGGCAAUAUCGACAGGAAGUCUUAUCUAUGGUUGUGCAUCGUUCGUGUGUGCGUGUUAAUGCUUGCAGGUGGAGUCGCGUCAAGAGCCCCCGCAGCCUCACGCGUGAGGAGAUGAUGAUGACGACCGUGCCCCUCCCGGCAGAACGAGUAACCCACCACAACUCACUCGACACGACACACAGGCACACCACUCACGUCAUCCAUCCACCUCUUUCUGCAGCUGGAGCUGCUCAAUCGCGGGCUCGACUGGACCGACAUCGCCUUCGGCCGCGACUGCAUCCAGGUCGACGGCAAGGUCUACUCGGGCCUCCUGCGGGUGCAGUUCUACCCCAUCCACGAGACGGCCCAACUGCCCAAGACGCGCCCCAUGCCGCCAGCAGGCCUCAACAAGGACGACCGCGGCAUGUGGGUGCUGCUGCAGGCCUUGGAGGACCAGGCCAUGGAGGAGGCUGCCAUCACGCAGAAGAACCUGAGUGCCGGGCGGGCCAGCGGGCAGCGCAGUGGUGAGGGCAUGGAGGUGCCCGUGAUCAAGGAGGAGGAAGAGCUGCGACAUGAGGAGAUGGAGAGGGAGAAGCGAAAGAGAGCUGGUGAGUCGACAGCGAGGGGAGGAGAGCGACCUUUGCAAUUUCGUGUGGUUGGCCAUGGUGGUGUCUCUCUCUGGGUGUGUGUGACUGAACUGUCAGUUGGGCUGCUUGCCGCUGGGGCUGGAGAUGACCCCAUGAAUGGACCAUAAGCUUAUGAUGAAGAUGGACCGGACGGUCUGUUUUCUAGAGAGAGGUGCUGGUGCUGCUUGCGUGGAGAGAGAGAGAGGGAGAGACAGAAAACUGUGAGAGCAGCAGAGAGCUGCACCCGUGCCUACGUGGCUGACUUUUCAACACAUAACACGCGAACGCUGG